AUGGCUCGAACAGAAACAUCAAAUUUUAGCCAUUCAGCACCAAUAAACAAUUUAACUUCAUCAGUUACAUCACGUUCAUAUAAUAAUCAAACAAAUAUAACAAAAGAUCAAAUACAACGUAGUGAUAUUGUUAAAACAGAAUUUACAGCACGUGAAGGUACAUAUAAAAUUUCUUCAAUUAUUGAUAACCUUGGAAAAUUUGGUACAAAUACAUGUUUAAAUGAACCGGUUAAAAUAACAUUAAUGACUCGAAUGCAAACAAUUGUUGAUUCGAAUAGUCAAACUAGUUCAAGAUGUUCAUCAACAUUAAAUAAUAAUAAUAAUAAUAAUUCAAUAACAUCUAAUCUAGAUAAUCAAUCAAAUGAAAAUUCGAUUGAAAAAAAAUCUUCAUCAACAUUAAAUGGAAUUGAUAUAAAUCAACAAAAUGAAAAUGUAAUUGUAACAGAAAUAUUAGCAUUUAAUGUUGGAAGAGAAUUAAUUAUUUAUGAAUUUGCUGAAGCAACACAGCCAAAUUUUGGUGAACCAAUUGAUCAUCGUAUUUAUAAACAAAAUCAUCAACCAACAUGUCAUGAUAUAACGCAACAGCCUGAUACAAAUAUUUUACAUAUACUUGUUGGUUUUUCUAAAGGACAAAUACAAUAUAUAAAUACACAAACAAAAGAACAAAAAGUAUUUAAUGAAGGAAGCUAUUUGGAUAAAACAAAAGUAACAUGUAUUAAAUGGUUAUCAUCACCAAAAACAUAUUUUGCUGCAUCGUAUUCAAGUGGUUAUUUGUAUAUAUUUGAUGAACAACUUAAUCAUCAACGUGAUACAACUAUUCAACCCACAUAUACAACAAUAAAAGAUGAUGAAAAAAAUUUUUCCAUAUCCUAUUUAAAAAGUAAAACAAAACAAGCACGUAAUCCUGUAUCACGUUGGUCAAUUGGUAGUGGAAGUAUUAAUGAAUUUGCUUUUUCACCUGAUCAUAUUUUACUAGCUGUUGUAUCACAAGAUGGAUUUCUACGAAUAUUUAAUUAUGAAAAAAAAGAAUUAGUUGCUUAUAUGAGAAGUUAUUUUGGUGGCCUUCUUUGUGUAUGUUGGUCACCCGAUAGUAAAUAUCUUGCAACUGGUGGUGAAGAUGAUUUUAUAACAUUAUUUUCUAUUGAUCCUGACGAACAUUCAUCACGUGUUUUAUGUCGUGGACAUGGUCAUACAUCAUGGAUAAGUGCAAUAUCAUUUGAUCCAUAUAUGAAUGCUAAAACAUAUUAUUCAUCAUUUAUACAAAAAACACCAUCAUCAUCAUUAAAUGAUGAUAAUGAUAAUUAUUAUAAUGGAAUAUCAAAAUCAAAUUCAUAUACAAAAAGUAAUUCAUCAUUUUUUGAUACAAAUAUCCCAUCAUUAUUUUAUCGUAUUGGUUCAGUUGGACAAGAUAAUCGUUUAUGUUUUUGGGAUAUAACAGAAGAUAUACUUAAAAUAAAUAAAAUUCCUUUAAAUAAUAAUAAUAAUAAUAAUCAUCAUACUAAAAGAAAUUCAUCCAUGCAUCCAUUAAUAUCAUCAAUAUCAAAUGGUUAUUCAUCACAUUUAUCUGAUACAACAUCAAUACCAUUAACAAAUAUGCCAUCUACAACAAGAAAAUCAUCAUUUUCAUCAUUAACAUCACGUUUAACAUUUGCACGUAAUUCAAAUAAAGUACAUAAAUCAAUUGAUGAUACACCUGAUAAUUCAUUAGUAACACUUUCAAAUGGUUCAUCAAAAGGAACAAGAAAAAUACCAUUAUUACCACAUACAACACAUGGAUCAAAAUCUCUAACAUCAACAUCAACAACAAUAUCAAAUGAUACUGGUCAAGGAUCAUUAUCAACAUUAACAAAUAAUAGUUUAUCAUUACGUCGAACAAAUUAUGAUUUAACUAAAACUACAUUUGGAACAAGUCUAUGUCCAAGAUUAGAUGAUAUACAAGUUAUUGAACCAAUUGUAACUGAAUUUAUUUCCCAUGAACGUUUAAAUGGAAUAUUUUUUAGUGAAAAUUGUUUAUUUACAUCAUCACAAGAUGGUGUUAUUACAAUUUGGGAAAAACCACAAAAUAUUCUACAGACUAAUUCCACUGAUGAUCAAACAACAAGUUUAGCUACUUUAAUCAACAGUGAAAAACCUAUUGAAAAAGUUUUUACAUCAUUAAGAAUAAUUCUUUGGUCAAAUGUAUUGAAUAAAAUUUUUCAUCAAUCAAAAAAUUCAUUUCUUAUGAUGUUUGAUAGUAAUCAAAAUCGUUCAUUUAUUGAUCUUAUUCAUCAAUUAAAUUUAAUUAAUGAUGAAGAACAAUAUUUUCUUGAAAUAUCGUCAUAUGAUCAACAACAAACAAUUGAAAAUUUUCUUAAAAAUUCAAAAUUUAUUUCUUAUGAUAAUGAUAAUCGAUUAAUAGUUAAUAUUGAACAUGUUGAUAAUGAUUAUCUAGUAAAAUCUUCAAAAGAUACUUCUAUUCGAAUACCAGAUGAUAAUCGUUUAUUUGAUAAAUUAUAUACAUUUGGAAAUAUAUUAGACAAAUACAAAGAUGAAAUUCAAAUAAUUCAUAUAUGUGAUUUUCAAUCUCAAUAUCAAUGUGAAUUAUUUGUUAUUCUAUCGAAAAUAAUCUAUAUGAAUUAUUCUCAUGUAAAACAAUAUUUUCUAACGUUGGCACCUGCUGUUAUUGGUGAUGAUCGACCAUCAAUGAAAUAUGAUGAAUUAUCUGUUGAUAAUUAUAUCAAAGAUGUGUUGGCAAAAAUUGUUAAUGAGCGUGCUGCUGCAAGUCCUUUUAUUUCAAUGGCUGUAUUUAAAUUACAAUUAAUGUGUCGAAAAGCAAAUUCAAUUGUUCAUUUACGAUCGAAUCUUGAAACAAAUCAUGAUACUUUAUUUUUGUUAUAUACAAGUGCUCGUUUAAUGUCAAUUCUAAAUAAUUAUAAUGAAAAAUAUCAAAAUGGUUUGUAUCCAAUUCGAGAAUUUUUUAACAACAAACUUGGAGAUAUGUUGACGAGUAAAGAUGAACAAGAGUUCCUCAAAUGGAUUGAUUCAUUUGAAUCUCGUUUUCUUGUUGUUACGUUUAAUAAUGGAAAUAAAAUUCAAAUUAAUCUUGAUAAGAUAUUUCAAGAAUUUAUUUUAUUUUGUCGACGUUUAAGUCCCUAUUAUUCAAAAGUUCGAAUAUUAACUGAAAAUCAAAGUCAUUUGUUACCAAUCAUGUUUGCUCGUUUAGAAUUGAUCGAACGAAUUGUAAUUCUCCUACGACGAACAUUAUCCCUUAUAGAAAUUCCUUUAAUUGAACGAAUGUGA